AUUCCCCUGUGCAGCACGCGAAUGACGUUCCGCACGCGCUAUAUCAAGCAAUCAGAUAUUCCUAUAAAGCGCGUUUGUUUUGGAAAAGAGGUGUUGUUCGCGUUUAGAUGUUGGAGGUUGGUUGUAUAGUUAAACAUGUUUAGUCUGAUGCCAAGUCUGCAGCAUCCAUUGCAGUGUUUGUUAUUGGCAGGGUCUGUGUUAUUUUCAUUAUUUUUUUAACUAUAUACUAAAGCUAAAUCAGCGGGUGGUAUGCAUAUUAACCUGGUGAUGCAUUUUAUUUAUUUAUUGACAUGAUGUUUAUUGAACAUAUUUGAGUAAAGAGCCACGGGAAGCGGCCAGGCCUAUCAAAAUCGAAGCAUGCAAUGAGUCGUCUUGCCUCUUUCUCUGUCCUCUAUUGUUGCUGCAUUUGAAACGAGGUACUCAACAAUAACAAAGACCUUGGUAACACUUCUUAAAUUUAAUAUUCGGCAGUGGAAUCUUCUGGCACCUGCAAAAUGCUUGGACUUCAAGAAACAAAGUCAGCGGGGAGUCCUAAAACUUACAGCUGUGUGGCAUGCUCAGCUACGUUUCAUAAUUUGGCAUCACUCCUGGUGCACCAAGCAACUCAUGCAAGUGAAAUCUCUUCCCAGACAGAAUCGACAUUACCUACUUGUGACAGCUGCGGAAGCUUAUUUGCGAGUAAAGAUCUCCUUGAAAAACACCACUGUAUAAUGUCGGCCUCACCAGUCUCUCCAGCCCAAACCUACAUAUGUGAAUGUGGUGAGGAGUUUAGUGGUGUUACAGCUCUUGAGGCCCACAAAAAGCAACAUGGGCCAGAAAAUAAGGACAAAUCAGAUUUGGGUAAGAUUCCUAUUGUGCCAGAUAGCAAAAUAAACUCCAGCCGUCCUGUCUCCGAUCAAGUUUUUCACAGUCUCUCUCCAUCCCAUUCCAAUGAAAAAUCCCUUGCAGAAAGUGCACCUCCUACUUCAAAUGCUGAUAUCAAGAAGACCGAAUCCUCUGCAGACAUGGAAAGCAACAUCUUGAAACCAUUUGAAUCUCCCUCUGUGACCGAAGAGCAAGUGCAGAUCCUUGAGAUGGACACUUUAACAUCCUCCGGCGUGGUAAGAGAAGAGCAAGUGCAGAUCCUUGAGAUGGACACUUUUAAAUCCUCUGACGUGGUAGAAGAAGAGCAAGUGCAGAUCCUUGAGAUGGACACUUUAAAAUCCUCUGACGUGGUAGAAGAAGAGCAAGUGCAGAUCCUUGAGAUGGACACUUUAAAAUCCUCUGACGUGGUAGAAGAAGAGCAAGUGCAGAUCCGUGAUAUGGACAUUGCAAAAUCCUCUGACGUGGGAAGAGAAGAGCAAGAGCAGAUCCACGAUAUGGACACUUUAAAAUCCUCCAACAUGGUAGGAGAAGAGCAAGUAGAG